GGGGGGUUGGUCUUGGGGGGUAGCCACGUUGGAGACUAUCAGCAUGGCGGGCGGCUUCAAGCCCUCUGAGCCCAGCUUGACCGGAAUGCCACGUUCUUAUAAUAACCCUUAGCAAUGGCCAUAGAGAUAGGCCGUGUCACGGCCCGCCUUUUUCGAUAACGAAUUACAAGCCCAUCUUCUGCGUCAAUCGUCUUUUCCCUUUCUUCUCACCUGUCAAGCAAUGUGCGACUCGUACAGCUUCGGUGUUGAGAUCGAGCUCAUCGCGGCGCCUCACCGGGCCCAGUACCGGGCCGGACGAGCCGUGUACUAUGAGAAGCUCGCCGCCGAGCUCCGCUCCCGAGGGGCCCGGGCUGCUGCCGACAGGCUUGACGGGAGUUACGCCAAGCAUCCAGAGCAUUAUGACAAGUGGUGGAUUACCAAGGACGGCUCGCUAGGGAACCCCGAUCAUCCUCUAAUCCCCCUGGAGGCCGUCUCCCCCAUCCUCGACACGGCGUACUUCUGGGAGCGCGACAUCGACACCUUCUGGAACGCGUGGAACUGCGUGUUCCGCAUACCCGACUCUUCGCGCCUCUGCGGAAGCCACGUGCACGUGUCCCCGUCCCCGUCCAAGCGCUUCACCGUCGCCCAGCUUCAGGGCCUUGCGUUCGGCGUCGUCUACUACGAAGAGGAAGUCUUGCAGCUGCUGCCCUGGUACCGCCGCGAGAACAACUACUGCCAGCCGAACUCGGAGCACUCGGCCGCGCUGCAGGAGAUCGCCGACGACGACGACGUGACGCCGGUGGAGGUCUGGGACACGAUCCGGCGGACGACUUCGCGGCGCGAGAUCCGCGACCUGAUGCAGUACCGCACGGGGUCGAGCAAGGACCGCUACGUGCUGUGGAACUUUGACAAUGUGCUCGACGGCAAGUCGGGGUCGGUCGAGUUCCGCGGGGGCAGGGAUCUGCGAGGCCCGGUCCGGACGAAGCGGUGGAUUGCAUUUGUGGUGGCGUUUGCCCAUUUCUGCAUCAGCCAAAACUUUCACAGCUGGCCGCGAUAUCGUUUUAGAGAGCCAAACAUUCAGCAGUUCUGGAGGGGACUGCGUGAUGCAGCCCAGGCCAUCGGUGUCAAGAAUAGUCUCCCUUCUGACUGGCGGGCCAUGGCGGAGAUAACGAGUGACGGCUUGAAUGAGGGACUGUGCGACUUUGACGACUCCGACUUUGAUAACGACUCCAUGAUGAGCAAGUCUGACUCGGAUUUCACUGAGUCUGACUAUUCGGGUAGCGACUCAGAUAGCGACUCGGACACUGGGUGGUAGGAUAGACAGGCAACUAAUACUGGUGCAGGGGAGCCGGAUUGUACUAGACUGUAGGGAAUUGAUACAGGACGUGAGAUUAUCGGAUACUCAAUUUCAUCGAGAGUUGUUGCAAGCAUGCUCAUGAUCUUUAACCAUGAUGGUGGUUUAUAAAUGAAACG